UUUCCCGCUAGAGCCUGGAACCAAGCGCAGCUGCUCCGGAGGAGGAGGAGGAGGAGGAGGGAGCGCUCAGACCGCACUUUCCCACCGAGGACUUUAUUCUCUGACUUUUGUUUGUGAUUUUUAUUUUUAUUUUUUUGUUUGGUUUUGGUCUUGGUCCACGCUGAGGGGACCUUUCCUCUCAGACCAGGUGAAUGUACAGCAUCAUGAUGGAGACGGACUUACACUCCCCGGGGGUGGCCCAGACCAACGCGCCCAACACGGGGCCCCACGCCGGAGGAGGCGCCGCCAAAGUGGCCCAAGAGAGAAUCAAGAGACCCAUGAACGCCUUCAUGGUGUGGUCCCGGGGCCAGCGGAGGAAAAUGGCCCAGGAGAACCCAAAGAUGCACAACUCGGAGAUCAGCAAGCGCCUGGGAGCGGAGUGGAAAGUGAUGACGGAGGCGGAGAAGAGGCCCUUCAUCGACGAGGCGAAGCGGCUCCGGGCCAUGCACAUGAAGGAGCAUCCGGACUACAAGUACCGGCCGCGAAGGAAGACCAAAACACUGCUCAAGAAGGACAAGUACUCGCUGGCCGGUGGGCUGCUGAGUUCUGCGGCUGGGGUCGGGAUGGGCGGCGGGCAGCGGCUGGAGAGUCCGGCUGGGGGUCACGCCGGGACGGGCUACGGAUCACACGUGAACGGCUGGGCCAACGGAGCCUACCCGGGACAGGUGGCGGCGGCGGCGGCCGCGGCCAUGAUGCAUGAGGCGCAGCUGGCGUACACGCAACACCCCGGCAGCGGAGCGCAUCACCCGCACCAGCACCCGCAUCACCACCCGCAGCCGGUGCACCGGUACGACAUGGGCGCUCUGUCCUACAGUCCCAUCUCAAACUCUCAGGGCUACAUGAGCGCCUCUCCGCCCGGCUACGGCGGCAUCACCGGCUACAGCCACCAGCACCAGAGCUCGCCGGUGUCCGGGGCCAUCGGCGGGACCCUGGGGUCGCUUGUCAAGUCGGAGCCGAGCGUGAGCCCGCCGGUGUCCACGGGCCGCGCGCCUCCGACGUGUCCCACCGGAGACCUGCGGGACAUGAUCAGCAUGUACCUGCCGGGCGGGGAGGCGGCGGGGGACUCGUCCGUCCAGAGCAGACUUCACGUUCUCCACCCGCAGCACUACCAGAGCGGCGGCGCGCCUCCGGUAAACGGGACGGUUCCUCUCACGCAUAUUUAAAUUUCUUAAUGUUAACAAAAAAAGAAAGCACUAAAACACCAAAUAAUCUGACUUCUGGUGCGCUGGCAUCACAUGUAAAUACGAGGCGCCUGGAGCCAGAAAUGCAAUCAGUGAACAAACUUUUCUAUAUUAUUAUUAUCAUCAUCAUUGAUAUUAUUAUAAUUAUUACUAUGAUUAUUAUUAUUAUUUUCGGGAGGAGCUCUCAGGACGGGGCACGCCAACUCACGCAUCUUUUUUUUUAAUGAUCACCCGCGAACUUGGUGCAAUUUAUCAUUUUAUAUCUGAGUUUUCUGUGGAUUUUCACGCACCAGGCCGGUUGUGAUUAUUAUUAUUUUUUUAACCAAAAAAAAGUUCAUGCUUCGAUUUUAAUUAAAUUUCCUGCUUGUGAACGUGUCAGUCGGUGUUUGUUCUGUUGUUGUAAAAUCCUGUACAUUGUGAAUAAAUAGGCUUUUAUGACUGUCGACAAUUGACUAAUAGCAUCUCCUUUAUUCCAGGUUCUAAAUGAAUGGAUUGAAAUGAACUAAUUUAAAUAGUUUACGACCAAAUACGCGUUAUUUAUCUUUAAAUUGAAUAAUUGAGAAUCAUUUACCACAAUAAUUAAAUAUUAAUUACUAAAAAUUGUAAGUAUUUCAAAAUGUGUUUCAUGAAUAUUGUCAUAUUUCUAAACUGUGUUUUCAUCAUAAAACUGAUGAGUCAAGUCUGACAUUGUAAAGAGAAAAAGGUUUACUAAGACGCCACUGUAGAAACAAUGGAAAAGCCACUUUGAUGUCUUGAAUCGAAAGCUCAUUUAUAUGUCGUUGAAAUGUUUCCUAAUAAUAAUCUGUUUUUUUCUGAGAAUAUUCAGUGACAAAAUGCGACCUGAGCUCAGGGUCAUGACCUCUGUAAUCCAGACCUCCUGUGAAUCUAAACCCGACUACAGGAGUAUCAACAGAAUUAAGGCCCACUUCAGCCCACCUCCACCUGGGACCCCCGCGCUGCUGCUCAUCCCCUCCAAUUAUUCCCCCUUUUAUGUGAUGAAUGGAUUCUGGGAGGAGCGGCCGAUUUUUGUGUGGGAGAACGGAUCAGAAAAGGGGAGCAGUGGGGUCACCAGCAAAAAAGAGAGAAUUGUCCCCGCUAGUUGAUGUCACCCGGGUGAUGCUGAAAUAACGCAUAAGAUCAUUUUUGUUUAGAUGACAUUCUCAAAUGAAAUUUAAAAAUGUUAAUCUCCUCCUCUGUGACCAAAACUGUGCUUGAUACACAUUUGUCUGUUCAGAUUACCAGCACGUCUUUCAUGUUAAU